AUGGAUGCGUCCGCGCUCAGGUCUUUAUCGGAUGAUGAUUUGCGUGAAAAAUUGGAGGAGCACGGAUAUAAGCCCCCACCAAUUACAGAUGGCGCUGUUCGGGAAAUUAUGAGGAGAAAACUAUUCAAGUACCUGAAUCCUAAUGGCAAAUAUCCGGAAGAGGAUGAACUUUGUGAUGCAGAAUCUGAAGUCGACGAAGACGGUGUAGUUGUGGUUCGUGGGGGGAAGCGUUUUGGAGCUGGUGAUACGCCUUCUGCUUCAAAAUCGCGAGUUUCUUAUAACAAUAGCUCGGAAACAGCUCAGAGAUCUUCAUUUCCUGUUUUUGUUGCUGCCUGUCUAAUAGUAAUGAACAUCAGCCUUGCUGUAUGCAUCUUUUACCGUGAUUGGCUCUUCUAA